UUUGACUUACGAGUAAGAAACAUCUAACAAUGGCACCAAAAACCAGUGGAAAAGCCGCCAAGAAGGCAGGAAAGGCCCAAAAGAACAUCGCGAAGGGCGACAAGAAGCACCGCAAACGCCGCAAGGAAUCGUAUGCUAUCUACAUCUACAAGGUCUUGAAACAAGUCCAUCCCGAUACCGGUGUCUCUUCAAAGGCCAUGAGCAUCAUGAACAGCUUCGUCAACGAUAUCUUCGAACGUAUCGCUGCUGAGGCCAGCCGCUUGGCUCACUACAACAAACGCUCGACAAUCACAUCUCGGGAGAUCCAAACUGCCGUCAGAUUGUUGUUGCCCGGAGAAUUGGCCAAGCACGCUGUCUCUGAAGGAACCAAGGCUGUCACCAAAUACACCAGCUCCAAGUAAAUUCGUCUCUGAUUUUCGUUCUGAAACAAUCGGUCCUUUUCAGGACCAACAAAAAA